AUGACUCCCCACGUGACCGUGUCCUCUCCACCUCACGCCAACACCUCUCACACGCCUCCUCCACGUCACGUAUGUGCCAACUGCAAAACAACGGCCACUCCUCUAUGGCGUCGAGACGAAGAUCUUAACGUUCUUUGUAAUGCAUGUGGCCUGUUUAAAAAACUGCACCACGGUAGAGCAAGACCUCUGGCCCUGCAUCGUCGCACACGUCAUCCGGCACCCGGCAUCCUCGGUAACACAAGUCUGCGCAAAAACAGACUGUGUUCGCCCGGUGGGACCCACGAUAUCAUAUCCAUGACUGUUACGCCUCGUCGUGCGAGCGCCAAUGCCAUUAAGGGCGGUGCAACUGCAACUGCAACUGCAACUGCAAAUGCAAAUGCAAAUGCAAAUGCAAAUGCAACUGCAACUGCAACUGCAAAUGCAAAUGCAAAUGCAAAUGCAAAUGCAACUGCAACUAUCACAUCCUCAAACCCUUCACCAAGCAGGCUGCCGCAUCUCUCCUCGCUCAUCCACGUAUCCACUCCCUCCCCACCAGCAGACCAACCUCUCGCAUCCACAUCCACAUCAUUGAAAAUAUCCCUCCCCCUCCCCCUCCCCCUCCUAUCCCCUCCAUAG